AUGCUGAAGUGUGCUGUUCAUUUCUUAGGCCUAGUGAAGCACACUGAAGAAAAUCCAAAAGGAAUCAAAGGAACCAAAGCACCCCCUAAGGAUUCUGUCGUGAGGACAAUUCUUAAGGGUGGAAAACAAGAAGUGUAUGAACAUACAUUUCCUGCAUCCAAGCUCAUGGCAAAAUAUCCUGGGAUGUGUGUUGCUCUACCACAAGUCUUCAAAUAUCCUCAUCAGUCACUGUUGCUACCAGAAGAUCAUUUGUUGCUUGGUCACAAGUAUAUUGUAAUCUCAUGUAAAGAUGUGAAGAAACUGAAGCGUAAACAUCCUGAAUGCAAAAUAUACGAGAAUGAAGGGAAAGUGAAUGCAAACAUGAAUCUUUCUCAAGGUGGAGAAGAUGUAAAGGAAUCUUAUUGCUAUGCAAAUGGGUUUUGUUAUGAUCCAAAAGGUAAUAAGUCAACAAGAUACUCAAUUCCAAAAGGAAUAAAAGGGAAGAAACCUUUUGUGCAGCCCCUUCCAAAGGAAAAAUUAUAA